AUGCAAAAGUUGAAGGAGACUGAUGCUCUCGACUAUCUCAAUCAAGUGAAGAAGCAGUUUGGGGACAAUCCAGAAAUCUACAACAAAUUUCUUGACAUCAUGAAAGACUUCAAAUCUCAUGCUAUUGAUACCCAGCGGGUGAUAGAGAGGGUUUCGAAGUUGUUUCAUGGCCAUCAGAGUCUCAUUUUGGGCUUCAAUACAUUCCUUCCUGCAGGGUAUAAGAUCGAAAAACUUGCGACACCAGCAGCUCAGAAUAAGAAAGCUGCGCCUGAAUUCGAUCAUGCUUAUUCUUAUGUCUCCAAGAUCAAAGCAAGAUUUGCCAAUCAGCCCAAUGUCUAUCAGCAAUUCCUCCAGAUUUUGCAACGAUACAAGGAUGAAGGGUAUGCAAUCGCACAGGUCAAAGAGCAAGUUGCAGAGUUAUUCGCUGGGCACGAAGAUUUGCUGGGAGAAUUUGGAAACUUUCUUCCGGAUCCUUCUGCUAACAAACCAUCCGGCGUCUCCGGUGCAGCCAUGCCUUCGAAAGCAAUGAAGAAACCGAAGGUGAAUGGACUUCCUCGGCAUGGUCUUGUGCUUGACUAUGCCCUCGUCCCAGCCUUCUGCAACCCAGCCAGGGCAGCUGUCUGCCUCACAUCCAACUCAGCAGGUGUCACGAGCAGUGCUUCUGACCGUGAUAGGCAAAGAAGUUGUCCACGCAGGUGCAACUCGUAUCUUUCUAUCGUUUUUCUCAAGCUUAGGAUGAUGCAGGCUCCGAAUUGCUACACUGACUUUCUCAAGUGUUUGAGUUUGUACGUUCAAGACGUUCUGACGGCGAAUGAGCUGAUCACACUGCUGGAAGAUCUGAUGGGAGGUCUCAAGCAUUACUUGGGGAUUCGAGAUGGGCCUAACAACAAGUACAAGACGAACGUACCGAUCAGCGAGAUUGAUUUCAGCAACUGUGCUUCCAUGGGCACAAGCUACAAAUGUCUGCCGGCCGAUUAUCCAUUGCCGACUUGUGCGGGACGUACGGAGCUUUGCGAUGAGGUGCUAAACGAUGAAUGGGUCUCCGUGCCUUCUGGUUCAGAAGAUUAUAGCUUUACACAUUACAGAAAGAAUCAGUAUGAGGAGUCGCUCUUCAAAUGCGAGGACGAUAGGUUCGAGCUCGACAUGCUUAUCGAGACCAACGCGUCAGCCAUCAGGGCGAUGGAGCCUCUGCUGGAGAGCGUCCAGGAGUGCGACAAGGACAGAAGUCGAUCAGCUAAGAUCAACAUUUCAUCGCUAAAGGCCAUUCACUACAAGGCGAUCGAGCGAGUUUACGGCGACCAUGGGCAAGAAAUUACUGAGCAUGUCAAACGCGCUCCCCGUGUGGCUCUCAGUGUCGUCCUUCCACGUUUGAAACAGAAGGAUGAAGAAUGGAGGAAAGCCAGGAGGGACAUGAACCGCAUCUGGCGAGAGGUCUACAAGGACAACUAUUAUAAAUCUUUGGACCAUAGGAGUUUCUACUUCAAACAAAUUGACAAGAAG